AUGGACACCCAUCUCGUGGACCACCGCCGUUCCACGCUAGAACCAGGAGUAAAGUGCCUCAAACGCCAAGACUUUCGCCGAGUUCCUCCACGGGUGAAUGAAAGGGAUUAUUUCUUGCUGUUCAUUGAGAUGUUAGACCCAAUGAGAGACCCCCCGGGCAACCCAAACGAAAUACAGUCGAGCCUAGGCCUAAAAAAUGAGCCAGUGUUUGGAGAAGCCAUCAAGAAUGUGACUGUGGCUGCAGGAAGGGAGGCCACUCUCUCGUGUAUUGUGGACAGCCUCGGCGAUUUUAAGGUGGGAUGGCUCAAGGUCGACUCGCAGACGAUACUCAGCCUGCAGAAGCGAGUCGUGACUCACAACACGCGGAUCUCGGUGACUCACGACGAACACCGCACCUGGAACCUCCACAUCAAGCAGGUGAAGGAGUCGGACCGAGGCUGCUACAUGUGUCAGAUCAACACGCCUGUGAUGAAGAAUGGUGUCGGGUGUAUCGAGGUCCAUGUCCCCCCCGACAUCAUGAACGACGCACAUCCUCGGACACGACGUACACGAAGGGAGAAAAGGGUACAGCUGCGGUGCGAGGCGAGGGGGUAUCCGCCCCCCGAGAUCCUGUGGAAGAGGGAGGACGGCAAGAACAUCAUCCUCAAAUCCUCGGGGAGAGAUGGCACGAGAAGCCUAGAAGCAGUCUCCGGAGAGAACCUGACGAUGGAGAACGUCUCACGGAAGCAGAUGGGCGCCUACCUGUGCAUCGCCUCCAACAAGGUGCCGCCCUCGGUCAGCAAGCGGAUCAUCGUCAGCGUCUUCUUCUCCCCGGUGGUGAAAGUGGACAAUCAGCUGAUCGGCGCUCCACUCGAGACAGAAGUGGAAAUCCAGUGUCAGGUGGAAGCCUAUCCACAUGCUAUCAAUUACUGGGCCAAAGAUAAUGGAGAGAUACUGCUAAAUGG